CGCGACCGGGGAGGAGCGGAGCGGAGCGGAACGAGCCGGCGGUGCCCCGGACCCGGUGAGUAUCCCGGGUGGGGAAGGCGUGGGGGGUGAGUGUGCCCCGCGGCGGCGUGUGCGCGGGUGUGCGGGAGCAUCAUCCACAGGGCUGUGCGGGAAUGUGCGGGAGCAUCAUGCACACGGUGUGCGAGACCGUAGGGGAACAUCAUCCACGGGGCUGUGCGGGGCUGUACAGGAACAUAAUCCACAAGGGUGUGCGCGGAUGUGCGGGAGCAUCAUCCACAGGGGCGUGCGGGAAUGUAAAGGAACAUCAUCCACAUGGCUGUGCGGGAGAAUCGUCCACGGGGACGUGCGAGAAUGCAAAGGAACAUCAUCCGCACGAGUGUGCGGGACCAUCAUCCACACGGGUGCGGGAUGCGGCGGAGCGCGGCGGCGUGCUGGGCGCUGGUGCUGCUGGCCGCCGCCUUCUGCGACACGGCGGCGGGCAAGGGCGGGCGCGGCGGCGCCCGGGGGGCGGCCCGCGGAGCGGCGCGGGGGGCGGCCCGCUCCCGGCCCAGGGCGGCCGUGCCCCGGUACGGCUCUGCCGGGGCCGCCCUGCGCGUGGCCGGGGCGGCGGCGGCGGGGGCGGCGGCCGGCGUGGCGGCGGGGGCGGCCCUGCGCCGGGCGCGGCUCUCCGGGGAGCUGCAGGCGGGGGACGGCGUCGAGUACCGCGACGGCAACUGGACGGCGGCCGCCAGCGCCUGGACCUCCGGCGCGCCCGCCGGGACCGCGCCGGGCCGGGCGCUGCCCUGGCUCUGCCCGCUGGCCGCGCUCCUCCGCCGCUGAUGGACACCGGGGACCCCACCGUGCCCGGAGCACCCAGGACGCCGCGAGGACCCGCAGCCCCACCGGGGGCUAAGCCCCGCGCCCCGGGAUAGCAGCAGCUCCUGGGGCUGCGCCCACUCACCGCCAGCGGGGCAGGACCCCCGCGGGAGCCCCUCCACCACCUCCCCCCCACGCCGUGCCAAACCCCGCCGGCUCGGGCACCCCUUUGCACCGCGCCUCUGUCCCUGGCCUCGCGAGGACGAGGAGGCGACAAUAAAGCUGGACGAAAGCA